AUGAGGGACCCUCAAUGCCCUCAGAAUGAAGGGAAAGUAGCAGAGAAGCCUAUUGAAGAUGAGGAGUUAGUUGAGGAAGAUGAAACGGAGACGAUUCAGGUCACCACUCCACCUCAGGAGAACGUUGUUCCAGCUCCAUCUACAACACCUGCAGCUCACAAUCCUGCUGAAGCUAGGAUCUCUUAUCCUCAACGGGUGCAAAAGAAGAAGACGGAUGCACAGUUUUCGAGGUUCUUGGACAUAUUCAGAAAGGUGCAGAUCAACAUCCCUCUGGUGGAGGCACUACAGCAGAUGCCCAGCUAUGCUAAGUUUUUAAAGGAUCUGGUCUCCAACAAGAGAAGAUGGAUGGAAUAUGAGACGGUUAAUUUGACUGAGAGCUGCAGCGCCAUUAUUCAGAAGAAGUUACCGGCGAAGUUGAAGGAUCCCGGGAGUUUUACCAUAUCCUGCAUAGUAGGAGAUUGUCAAGAGGGAAGAGCUCUAUGUGAUCUGGGUGCAAGCAUCAAUCUGAUGCCGUAUUCUUUCUUUCAGAAGUUGAAGAUUGGAGUGCUCAGGACCACUACUAUUUCACUGCAGAUGGCGGACAGAACAGUGUCGUACCCGAAGGGGAUUGUUGAAGACAUCCUAGUCAAGGUCGGGGAAUUUAUUUUUCCAGCCGACUUUGUGGUUUUAGACAUGGAAGAAGAUAAACACGUCCCACUUAUCCUUGGUAGACCUUUCUUAGCUACAGGGAGAGCACUUAUUGAUGUCCACAAGGGAGAGCUCACUCUUCGACUGAAUGAGGAGAGCAUCACAUUCUCCAUUUAUGACGCUAUGCUGAGGUAUGAUGAUGAGGAUGCUCGGAGGUUCAAGCAGUGCAAAAUGAUCGAGGUGGUUGAUGACUGCGUGAGAGAGCCCAUGCUAGCUUCAGACAAUCUGCAAGCGCCCGAGCUCACUGAGGAGAUACUUCAUUUUGUGGGAGCCCUUGAUUCUGGUGUCGAGAUUCCAAGAAGGAACAACAAAUUUCUACCACUCAGAGAUCCGGCGGAAGAAGAAGAGAAAGAAGAGAAGAAGGAGGAACUUAAACCGCUGCCUUCACACCUCAAGUAUGCCUUUCUAGGAGAGAAUGAGACGUAUCCGGUAAUUGUCUCUUCAUCACUUACUCCUACUAAACUCGAUAAUCUGCUGCGCAUGCUUAGGAAGCAUAAGGGAGCUAUAGGGUGGUCCAUCUCGGACCUCAAAGGAAUCAGCCCUACUGUUCACAUGCACAUAAUUUUAUUGGAGGAAGGAUCCAAGCCUAAGGCUUAG